AUGGUAGCUGUGGUGAAACCUUCUGUUCCACCACUUUUUAAAAUGAGUAUUUUCUUGAAAAUCAAACCUGAUUUUGUUUAUUGUUUUCGUAGAAACAUUGUUAAACAUAUUGCCAAUAUUACUUUUGAUAAUGUUAUUUACAGCUCCAAUAAUUUUUCAAAAAAUGGUUACAGUACAAAUAUUUCUGGCAAGGAAACAAUUCCUGACAAUAAAACAGCACAAUUUAUUAAAUUUGAUGACAUGAUAGAGGAAGGAAGAAAAGUUGCUCAAAGAAGUUAUGUUGUUCAGGUCAAUUCUGAAAACUCUUGCAUUGAACUUCAUGACUAUUGUCAAAGUAUUUGUACUGUUGAAAAUAUGUUCUAUUACCGAGUGAAAGAUGAUCACUUUGUUCUGGUUGAGUUCAGUAACUCGGAAGCUGCCCAUAAGUUAUCUUUUGAUCCAAACAAUCUAGCUGUGGUAUCACCUUUUAUUUGGUUUAGAACUGGGAAAAAGAAAAAACUUGUUCCGUCCUCAGUAAAUGUCUCACCACUCAUAAAUAUUUCUCAAGGACCAACAGAACUAGAGAUCAUAGAAUGGAUGACUGUAGCUCAAUCGUUGUUAGAUGAAAUGGAGAUUCUUUAUCAGUCAACAAAAUUGAGCCAGCUAGGUUUUAAAUUAAGGAUGAUUUGUGCCAGACAAGUGGAAAUGAUGUUGUCUGGACUAUUUCCUAAUAUUAGAGCCUUCCCUUUUGGAUCUACUGUGAAUUCUUUUGGAAAAGAAGGUUGUGACCUUGAUCUUGUACUUCGUUAUAAUUUUUCUCAGGAAAAUUCAGAUGACUUGAGGUUAGUUCAUCACUCUAAGAUCAAUGGUAUUAGUUCUCGAGGACAAACACAAAGGCAAAUGGAGUUACUUGGAGACCUAUUGCAAAUAUAUGUUCCUGGAGUAAUUGGGGUAAAAAGAAUUCUUGGAGCCAGGGUACCAAUCAUUAAGUACUCCCAUGAAUUCACUGGUGUUGACGUUGACAUUUCUCUGACCAAUAUGAGCGCAAUGUAUAUGUCUGAACUUCUUUAUAUCUUUGCUCACUUGGAUCCUGCUGCUCAGAGAUUGGUGUUCUCUAUUAAAGCUUGGGCUAAAGUCGUAGGUCUUACGAAUCCUUCUCCUGGAAGAUGGAUUACUAACUUUUCUCUAACAUUACUUGUUCUUUUUUAUCUGCAGAAUGAAAGGAGAUUACCCUCUAUUGAUGAUCUAUUCAAAUUAGCAGGUCCAAAUGAUACAAGAUAUGCAGAAGAAAUAAACUGCAGCUUUAUCAGAGAUCUAAGAAAUGUAAGAUUAGAGUUAGAUCAUAGUAAAACAACUGCAGAACUAUUGUUAGGAUUUUUUAAUUUCUAUCAAAAUUUUGACUUUAAUAAUAAAGCUAUAAGUUUAUGUUCUGCAAAAAUAAUUAAUAAGCUCGAUUACUCUCCUAUGUAUAUUGUUAAUCCUCUUGAUAGAAAUCUCAAUGUUACAAAGAAUGUUAGUCUUGAAGAAGUAGAAAGAAUACGUGUUGAGGCAAGAAAUGCAGCCUGGGCCCUUGAAACAAGUUCAAGGCUAGUUGAUUUAUUUCGCAGCUCUCCUGAAUCAUUAAUGUCUAAACGGAAAUAUAUAUCAAGAAUGGUAAUGGUAAAAGAUCUUUUUCAAACAUGA